AUGUUGUACCUCACUCAGGAUAAGUUUCCUAUAUUCGUCCCGUUUGGAGUCAUCGGAUUCUACCGCUACCUCUGGUACUGCAUUCGUUUACUAGCCUUUGCCGUCUACCGCCCCAUCCCGCUCCCCGAAAACCCAACAUACGUCGCGAGCGAAGAUGUGACGAUCAUCGUGCCCACCAUCGACGCCGGCGAGGAGUUCAAAGAGGCCGCGCACUCGUGGCUCGUCGGCAAGCCCAAGGAGAUCAUCAUCGUCACCGAAGAGAAGAUGCGCGGACCCUUGCAAGAGCUCGCGGACAGCGUCGACCCGUCGCGGAUCCGCGUCACCACCGUGCCCUUCGCCAAUAAGCGCCUGCAAAUGUCGCACGGUAUCAAGGCCGCGACGACCGAUAUCAUCGUUUUCGCCGACGACGACGCCAUUUGGCCGCCCACGCUCCUGCAAUACUGCCUCGCGUGCUUCGAGGACCAGAAAGUCGGUGGCGUCGGCACGUCGCAGCGCGUACAGCCCGUCGGCGACCACAUGACCGUCUGGGAGGUCCUCGCCGCCUUCCGCCUGACGAUCCGCAACAUCGAGAUCUCGUCCGCGACGCACAUCGACGGCGGUAUUCCUUGCUUAUCCGGCCGUACAGCCGCAUACCGCACCGUCAUCCUCAAGGACCCGGAGUUCCUCCACGAAUUCACGCACGACUUCUGGCUCGACAAGUACCACCUUAACUCCGGUGACGACAAGUUCCUUACCCGUUGGAUGGUUGCACACGGCUGGUACACCUACGUCCAGGUCUGCGCCGGCGCGGAGCUGCUCUCGACGAUGAAGCCCAACUGGCGCUUCCUGAAGCAGGUCCUCCGAUGGACGCGCAACACCUGGCGCUCAGAUUUACGUUCCCUUUUCAUGGAGCGCCAUAUCUGGACGUCGCACCCGUACGUGGCGUACACGAUGGUGGACAAGCUCUUCAACCCGUUCACGCUGCUCGUCGGGCCCGUGCUCGUCGCCAUCGUCGUGUGGAAGUCGACGAUCCCCGUUGACGACGGCGGGUUCCACUUGCCGUGGUGGAACGUCAUCCUGUGUUACGUCGUCUGGCUCACCGCGACGCGGACGGCGAAGCUCCUCCCGCAUCUGUGGAACCGCCCGCAGGACAUUAUCCAUGUGCCGGCGUUCAUCGCGUUCGGAUACUACUUCGCCGUUAUGAAGGUCUACGCGCUUCUCACGCUGCACGAGACUGGAUGGGGCACCCGUGCUGGUAUCGGCGACCCGUCCGCUGCUACGAACGCCGUGGACAAGGGCCCCGAGCCGGAGCCCGAGCCCAAAGCACCGCUCACGCCGUACCACGAUAUGCCCUCGCCUAAUCUCCACCCCGCACAACCUGCACCGCAAUACGCGCAACGGCCGAUCGAGAUGCAGGGUGGCUAUGCGCAAUAG